AUGGUAAGCAGCCAAGCACCGCAUGGGCUCUGAUGCUGCACCUCACUCAACCCCCCUCACUCCAUCUCUUCUCAGGCGGACAUCAACGCGAUCGCGUACGUUCCAACACCGCGAGAGCUGCCCACGCGAUCCAGCACACACCGCCGACGCACCACCGCCGGCGUAGCAUCCUGCUGAUCUUGUCUUGCUCCUCUCCUCCACUUCACGCACCUACCCAACCAACAGCAAGCAGGUCAGUCGUCCGUCGCCGUCUCCACGGUCUGCAUGACCCAACCUUCCUUCGCGACGGCAUGCAAGACUAGCCUCCCCAUUCUCAUCUUCUCUCCCUCUCCCACAGUUUACGGACUUUUACUACCAGACCUUUGACUCGAACCGCAGUGGUCUCGCACCGCUUUACGUACGUCACCGUCCGAAAUGUGGCUCCCUCCCCGUCAAAACGCCAAAGUGAAGCCGCGGACGGAGCCAUUCCUCGCUUGCAGGCCCACCUUUCGGAAACGAAAACUCAAUCAUCACCUUUCACUCUUCCAGAGGGACCACUCGAUGCUCUCGUUCGAAGGUCAACCCACCUCGGGCGCCACCGCCAUCGUCGAAAAACUCGUCGUCAGUUUCCCUUUUUCAACGAUCCGAGAAAAACCUCCCCUCCCCCGUCGGAUUUCUGACGUCCCCUCGUGGUUGCAUUCUCCUUUCUUCCAGGGCCUCCCUUUCCAAACCGUCCAACACCGAGUCACGACCAUGGACGCCCAGCCCGCGUCCCAGACCGAGGCGUCCAUGAUCGUACUCGUCACCGGCCAAUUGAUCGUAAGAAGUCGACAUUUUUCGCUGCCAGAUGCGAGUGUUCAAUCCUGACGAUGUUUCAUCGAAUCAACAGACCGGAGACGAAGCCAACGCCCUGUCCUUCUCGCAGACGUUCCACCUCAAGCCCGCCGGUGCGUCCCCACCCCCCGCAGGCCUGAUCAAGUCCUUUCUUAGAGCCGCAAGAGAACUGACAACGCCUCGAGUGCUUCUUCUGAAAUCAGACGGCAGUUAUUACGUCUACAACGACGUCUUCCGGCUCGUGUACGGUUGA